GAGCCAGAUGAGAAAGGCAGGAGGCGAGCCCCUCCGGUUGCGCGUCAGCAUCCCCUCAAAUAGGAAUCCGCUGCUGUCACUUCUGCUCUAGAUACUGAGAGACGGGCGACUGUUACCCUGAAACAACUAUCUGAAGGCGAAUUUAACUUGACAUGCAGCUGUUUUUGCAUGUGAUGCCAAAGAAGAAGAGUCAAGGGAGGCUGUGAGAAGGCUGCUGCUUCGCUAAGAAUGAUAGUGAGGAUCCAGGCGUGCUGUCCCAGGAGAACUCAUCUGAAGAGCUGGCCUCGAGAGACCGGGAUGCUCCUCUAACGCACCGGGGGGCGAGUUUUCCUGAGCAGACAGUCUGUGUGGCGGAGUUUGAGCUUGAUUUGAAGUGAGUGAGUAAGCGAGAGGUAGUGGGUGUCAUGGCGGACGAUGAAACUGUAGGUCCGGACAACCCUGCCUACCAAAACUUGCUGCUCCUGGGAGCCAUUGCUGCAGCUUCUGCCUUUGUGGUCACCAUCCUUAUUGUACUCGUCUGCGUUGGCUGCCAAAGAAAAAGCAAGAGCAAGCACCCCCCAGCCGGAGAGAAAGGGACAUCUGUAAAUAUGCAGGGUUCCCUGCGACACCCAAAACUGAACUCCAUGAGCAAAUCGGACACCAGGCUGCACGAGAUCAAUCGCUUUCCCUGCAAUGGAAACUCUGUGAGCAAGAGCCGUCCAGCCAGUAUGGACCUCCUGCUCCUCCACAGUCGGCGCUCCCAGACCGACCUGAGGCCCUCCCAUGGGCGCCAGCUUCCCCAGAUACCCACCAGUCCCCAGGGAUCUGGUCAGGGGGGGGGUGGGGAAACGGGAGGAGAUGUGGGAGGUGUUGCAGGUGGAGGAGGAGUGGGAGGAGGAGGAGGAGGUGUAGUAGGAGUAGUAGGAGUAGUAGGAGUAGUAGGGGAGGCUCGAGACCACACCUACACCGAGGUGGGCAUACGCAACAACCCUACCCCCACGCACUGCCUGGACGACGGGCUGUAUGAAAGCGUAGGUGUCCGGGAAGGAGACACAGGCCCUAAGGUCCCCUCUGCCCCGCCGCCCUCCUCAAACAACACUCCGGCUACAAUCAGAGCUGCCCAAAGCCCUCCCGCUCAAGCUAACGGCGCUCGCAAUGGGAACGGGCAUGUGAAUGGUGGCAGAGGGAAUGGUAGAGGUAAUGGCGUCAUUAACGGGACGAUGGCAGGAAGAGGGAAUGGUGGGAAUGGGGUCAACAGGUCCACUUUGCCUUCUGUCAACUAUCUCGCCAUCCAAGAUCAAACUGCAGCUGAGUACGCUUCCAUACAGAAGUUCAGAAAGGUCGACAAGACAAACAGGAAGGAAAAUAACGGUGCUGACAGCCAUUCAGACCAAUCGAGUGUGAGUGAUUCACCCUCUACAGCUGCUCCUCCACUUCAUCGCAGUCAGGAGUUUCCUCGCAAAGCACUGGAGCCGUUCCACCUGCAAACCUUCCCGAAGGAGGCAGUGUUCAUAGGCAAUGGGGAGCAGUACAUCUGGAAGCCUCCAGAGGAAGAUGACAUCAUCACCUUGCACCCUCCUCCGCUCUGCGCAGAGAGUGUACAGGGGCACCCAUCCCCCCCCACUGCAAAGGAGAUUGCAGACACCUACUCCAUUGUGUGUAAAACCCAGAAGAAGAAACCUCCCAUGGAAAACAACGGAUCAAAGACCCUCCCACGCUCCUUUGGCGGAGGUUCACGAGGCCGAGGCAGAGGAGUUCAGGGCCCAGCGCGUUCCCAGGAGGAGCCUGGCUAUGAGCCGAUAGGAGACAGGUCCUGGCCCGCAUGUGCAAUGGCCGAGUCCGACCCCGCGUACGCUACAAUCGACAGCCACAGGAAAAGGGAGCAGGGGGGAACCAAUAACAGCCCAGUUGGGGGUUCUGCCACUCUGAAAAGGAAGAAGCAGACGCCGCAGCAGGCAGCACCAGCACCACCAGUGGCACCAGCUGCACCUCAGGGCUCAGGACCCACCGCCCUGCCUGCUAGAGGCGUUCCUGGUGGGGAAAACUUCUAUGAGACUAUCAGUGAUGUGAAACAAGGGGUCAACAGCUCCAGCACCACCACCAUCUUCACCUUCAAUGAUGGGAUGGAGAUGUACGUCACCGGCCUGUAGCUGGCUGACAGGCAAAAAGGGCCCAGGACCCAAUGGUACAGAGUCAUGAAAGGGACCCUCCUGUUCACCUGCCAACGUCUUGCUGUACAUACAUACAUACAUACAAGGCCCUCUAUAGACAAACAACAUGAGGAUCCAUUUUGUGAUGACAUCAGGUACAAACAGGGUCUUAAUCCAGGUUUAGACAUCCCUACAUUGGUCUGUACUUCAGAACCAGCCUAAGCCUAGUCCAGCCCAAAUAUGGACCAAAUAUGUUUUAACAAAAAAAAAAAAAAGAUUAAGAAAACUGGAAUAUACAUCUUCAGUCUACUGUGUCACUGAACAUACUCACCUGUUUGUGUAUCAUUUUCCAUAAUAUCUUUAUUUUUAUAUGAACACUGUAUUCAAAAGUAUGUGGUGCAACUCACAUCCUGAAAAGAACACACUUUAAUAUAUAUUUAAAAAAGUAAUGUAUGUGCAUGCAUUGUGCAAACAAACACCUGAAAAUAGAAAAUAGUAGCAAGGAACAUUGUAGGUAUAUUGAGAGGAAGAGGCACACUGUUACCUAUUAUCAGACAUAUACACACACAUAUGCCUCAUUUUGGAGAGACUUUUGUAAUAUACGCAGAUGGAUGGCACAGAGAUUUGCGGUGCUUAGCUCUCCCUAAGCAAACAUCUGAAACAGGUUCUCUGGUCGCUAUGGCCUGUUGCCUGGCAGACAGCAUUGUGGUGCUUUGCUCAAACACAGAAGUGAGCGAGGGCUAUGGGUUACAUUUUUUUUAAAAGAUCAAUAUCAUGCUCUAAAUGUAUUAGCAGUUAUUAAUAACAGCCCGUACGUUAACGAGAAGAAAUGUGAGUUGUGCUUAAAAAUGUUACAUCCAAAUAAUAUUACAAUUGGACAAACAUCUGUACCCAAAAGCCCACACACCCCAGCUCAGAUACAAACACACUUGGCAGAACCAUGUGGGGUAAGUUGAGGUCAGGGGCAUUUAGAAGGUUGUGAAAGAACUUCCUCAGAGCGAUAUGGGUGACUGAUUUCACAAUGGAGAAAUUAGAAUAUUUAUAAAAAUAAGGAAGCGAAAGUGUGCCCAAAAUAAUACCGGAUGUGUUAUCCUGUGCAGUUAAUAACAUUUUAUGUCCUUUGGGGGACAAUAAACUUCUUAUUUUCUGACCAUUAUAAUUCGGCACUCGGUAGCUGCGGGGGGGGGGGGGGUUUAAAUUAAUUGCUCAUUAACGUGCUGUAAAGGGCAUUUCCAAGUACAGUUCUGAUUUGCUCUAUAGUCUCAAGUCAUAGCUAGAGCUCCCCAUAGCUCACCAGACUUAAGACUGGUGGUUGAAAUAGCAGCAUAGGGCUUGGACUCCAAGGAAAAUAAAGAGCUGGGCAUGAAAACUACCAGUGAGUGUCUUUGGAAGUUUGCCCCACGCUCUCUCGCUACCCUCUCUCCAGCCUCUGCACUGAAUUCUCUUCCAUUAUAAACAAUGUCUUUUCCAUUUAGCUUUGGGGAACAUAAAAAAAAGAACAGAGAAAUAAAAACAAAAUGUUAGAAGCUUAGUGAAUGGGCAUAAAGAUAAAGAGUGAAGAGGGAUAUAAACUGCUUACAGAGCCGAAGGAUGCAUUAGAAAAAGGACACUGUGAGACAACCAAGAGCAAAGAGAAGACGGGUUUAGUAGGGUUAAAAAUGAAUUCAUAAAUGUUUCAGAAAGUAUAUAAAAAACAAAUGCACUCUGUAUUUUAAUGCACUGAUUAUUUUUUCUUAUACCUACUGACAAUACCAUUGGUUAAAUAGCUCAUGCCACUGCCAUGAAAACAGUACGUUUGUGUUGUUGGUGCAAUUUUUUCCUGCUUGAUCAAAAAAAGUGCAUGCUUUGAUAUAUGGAGAUGAAAACAAAUAUUGUGGUACUUAAUUGAUCUCUUUGUUUGUUGAUCUUUUCUGUUGUACUUUUUUGCCAUGAGAUGCAAAGCAGCAUUCCAUUGAUUUUCCCAAAAUCAGCAACCCGGAGGAGGAGGGGAGAGGAAUAGAAAGUGAGGGAGAAGCCGCUGGGAUUUUAGAGCAGACAGUUAUUUGUCCUCCGAUCUGGGGGAACAAGAGCGAGCAAUAGAGGUGAGUAGAGAGACGAAGAACAGCUAGUAUAAAACGGAUCAGGAUGUCUGAAAAUGGACACAAACCCAAAGGAUCCUCCCCUCAUGAUGUGUAUUUUCUUGCAUACAUGCACACACACACAAAAAAUCAGGCACACACUGCACAUUAAGACGUGUUUUUCCAGUUUAGGGGAUGAAGCACAUUUUGCUUCCUUGCAUUUUCUCCCUCCCCCAGCUGUGUUCAUUCUCCAAUAACCAUCACAGACCUCUCUUUUCUCUCCUUCACCUCACCCUCGCUGUGUACCAGAGGGGCCUUUGAUGUCCAGUUCUGAGGGACUCAGGGAGGGAUAUGAGGGAGGGGGGGCAGAGGCUGUGGGGUCAGGCCAAACCCAGUCUGAUAUCAACAAUGCACCAACAGCUAAAAUACUGUCUGAUAUGAGAAAUGGCCAACAGCUGAGACGCUUUACAAGCUUUGUUGAGGCUUCCCUUAGACAAUGCUGGCUUGAAAUCGCUUUCGCACCUAAUCCUUUUUCUCUGGCUGUCACAUUACCUGUCACAUUUUCUUUAUCCCAAGAGAAAGCACUGAUCUGAUAUAUAUUGUUGAACACUGGUACAGUAUACACUGUUUGAGACAGAUGUUCAUUGCACAAACAAAUACAGUAUGAUGAUGUAAAUGUGUAAAAUACUCUGUUGCUGUUCUGAUGUUGUUCUAAUGUAACAUACAGUAUACAGUAUAUUUGUUGAAAAAAAAGAUGGUUAUCACAGACACAUUGUACUUGUGGAUGCAAUAUGUUUCAAGCUUUCCAUGCAGAUACAGAUGCUGUUUGUUAAUUGUCUUCAGAUAUAAUUAUGGGCCAAAACUGCUGUGACAGCUGUAGCCAAUGUUGUAUGUACUUAAAGCACAGGGUUUAGUUGAAAAAAUAAUGAAUAUAAUAAAAUAUUGUGUGACAGUGCAGAUAUGCAAAAGAUUGUAAUGUUUUAUAUUAACCUUCAUAAAAUAUUAAAGUGAGUUUUUACUUUUCUAAUAAAGUGGCACAUUAUAACGUG